AGCCUGGUGCUCUGCCUCCCCCUCCACCCCACGCACAAGGCUGCUGUAUGUAGCAGCCUGCCAGUCUGGCUUCAGCGGCAGCCUGAAAACACACAGAGGUUGUCUGUGGAGGAGAAAAGAGAGAAGUCGAAAGAGCAUCCUGUUUGGUGGCUGCAGCAGCAGCAGCAGCUACAACUGCUGGUUUUCCCUGGGGAAACUCCUUGACAGAGAGUUGGAGGGGGUUCUCUUCACUACGAGAGGAGAAAGAGGCCAGGAAAAGGCCAUGACUGAGCUGCAGCCAUUGGGGAAAACCUCCCUGAGGGGAUCUCUUCUUCUCUUCUGCCUGCUGGGCCUGGCCUGUUUUUGGCUGCCUGCCAGCUCCCGGCGAGCCCCGAGACCACCCCCUUGCCCCCCCAGCUGUUCUUGCACGAGAGAUACUGCCUUCUGUGUGGACUCGAAGAGCAUACCCAAGAAUCUGCCCCGGGAUGUCAUUUCACUGACACUGAUAAAUGCAGCAUUCAGCGAAAUCAAAGAAGGCGCCUUUGCUCACCUUCCAUUUCUGCAGUUCCUGCUGCUGAACUCCAACAAGUUCACCUUGAUUGGGGACAAUGCCUUCAUGGGACUCCCGCACCUGCAAUACCUGUUCAUCGAGAACAAUGACAUCCGGUCUCUGUCAAAAAACACCUUCCGUGGGCUCAAAUCCCUGACGCACCUAUCUUUGGCCCACAACAAUCUGCAGACGCUGCCCAGAGACCUCUUGAAGCCGUUGGACAUCCUAAGUGAUUUAGAUCUCCGAGGCAAUUCCUUGACCUGUGAUUGCAAAACCAAGUGGUUGGUGGAGUGGAUGGAAAGCUCCAACACUACCGUACCUGCUGCCUUCUGUGGUAGCCCCCCUCAGUACCAAGGGCAAAAGAUCCGGGACUUGCCACUCAAGGAUUUUGAUUGCAUCACUACAGACUUUGUGGUGCACCAGGUCCUGCCCUUCCAAUCUGUGUCUGCUGAGCCCUUUGUCUAUGCCAGUGACCUGUACGUGGCUUUGGCCCAGCCAAGCUCCAGCAGUUGUACCAUCCUCAAAUGGGACUAUGUUGAACGCAAGCUGCGUGACUUUGACCGCAUCCCAGCUCACUCAGCUGUUUACUGCAAGCCAAUUGUGGCGGAGUUGCAGCUGUAUGUUGUGGUAGCCCAGCUCUUUGGCGGCUCCUAUAUCUACCGCUGGGACACCAACAUUGACAAGUUCAUCAAGAUCCAAGACAUUGACAGCCAGAAGAUCCGAAAGCCCAAUGACAUUGAAGCCUUCCAGAUUGAGGGUGAAUGGUUCUUUGUCAUUGCAGAUAGCUCCAAAGCUGGCUCUACCAGCCUCUACCGCUGGAACCAGAAUGGCUUCUAUUCCCACCAAGACCUGCACUCUUGGCACCGAGACACUGACGUGGAGUAUGUGGAAAUAGAUGGCAAGCCCCGCCUCAUCAUCUCCAGUAGCUCCCAGGUGCCCAUUAUCUACCAGUGGAACCGCUCGCAGAAACAGUUUGUCCACCUGGGUGAUGUGGCAGAAGUGAUGGAUGUACAGAUGGUCAAGCAUUUCCGGAUCAAGAGGGACAACUAUUUGUGCCUGAGCCGCUACAUUGGUGACUCCAAGGUGGUCAAAUGGGAAGGGCUGAGAUUCACAGAGCUGCAGACCUUGCCCUCUCGAGGUUCCAUGGUCAUGGAGCCUUUUCGAGUCUCGCAGCACCAGUACUUGGCCCUGGGCAGUGACUUCUCCUUUACCCAUAUCUACCUUUGGGAAGAAGAGAAGCAGAAGUUUGUCAAGUUCCAGGAACUCUCGGUCCAAGCUCCGCGAGCAUUCCACCCGAUUCCCUUGGAGGGCAUGGAUAUCCUGCUAGCACCCAGCUUCAAAGGAAACACAUUGGUCUACAAGCAUAUUGUGGUGGACCUCAGCUUGUAGAGUGGGUGGAUCACUGUCCUCCCCCUAUAAACACAAAGACAUUAUGCCUGAUGAGUUGCCCCUCUGCUGAAGGGCAUCAGAGCACUAUAAUCACUCAAAGCAAAGCUGCUUCCUCACAGUCCUUUAAAUACCCUCCCCUAUAUAUGUUUCUCUCUUUCGUAUGAGUAAACCAAUGCCCUCUGUGAUGCACAGGCUUCUACUGAGUAUGAAAGGGAGCCAACACACACACACACACACAAAGAAAAACACACACGCUCUGUUGGUGUGAGUGCUUAUGCAACAAUGCAUUCAUAGAUUUUAUAACUCCAUAUCCAUGUCCCCUCCCCCUAAAAAAAUCUAAAAUGUAGCUGGGAUAAAAUUUUGCAUUAAUACAAUUUCUAGGGGAUUUUCAAAAUUGGAAAUGCAGAUUUUUAAGGUGCAGAUUUAAAAUCUGAGGAUUUACUUGACCAUUCCCCUCUCCAAAUUUCUUUCGGUGUCAGUGAGCGCAUAGGAGAGUCACCUACCACACACAAAAUGGACUGUACUCACCGGAAAGAAAAGUCCAAAAUAUGAAUCGUGACCUUCCAUGAACUAUUUGAGGUCUGAUGAUGAGAAUCUGAUAUUUGAACAAGUGCCAUAUUUUUUUUUCUUGGUUGAAACUCCUAUCUUGGUGCCAAGUUUUGGUCACUGGAACAGCUAUGCAUACCUAAUUGCACACCAAAAGCUCAUCACAAUAUUUAGCAUAUGUGUACUUCCUUUGUGAAGUGAUCCAUUGAGUGUGCAUGUGAUGAAUAGCUAGAUGGCCACUGAAUGG